AUGUCACAAGGAGAAGGAGAAUCUGCUGUAGAUAUUACUGAAACAGUAAGCAUGAAAGAGGAAAAUGCACCUCCUGUGGUAGGGAAGGAUGUAGGAACAAGCGAUGCAGAUGCUCUCAUUCCAGAAGAGAUAGAAGAAGAAGAGGAGCAGGAGGAGGAGGAGGAAGGUGAGACUAGAUGUGUCUGCGGUGAAAUUGACCCACCUGAUGAGUCUGGGCUGUAUAUUCAAUGUGAAUCUUGUAGCGUAUGGCAGCAUGGAUUUUGCGUUGGUAUAGUUGGUGGUAGUAAAGAUGCUCCCGAUAAAUAUUGGUGUGAAUUAUGCAAGCCGACGUUACAUCAUCUAUAUUUGAAUGAUCUAGGAGAGAAAAGAUCUAUUUACAAACCAGUACAGGAAAAGAAGAGACAGAAUAGACGGACUGCAAGAAGUGGGAAGAAUGGUGGUGGUAGCGUUGGAGGUGAAAGUAGCAGUGAAAGUAAUGGCAGUGGCAGCAGCAGCAGCAGCACUGGUAGCAGUAAAGAUACCAAUAAUAUCACCAAUGUAGUCAAGGGAGAAGAAGAAGAAAAACGUUUACAAGAUAGGAAAAGAGCAACUUUUUUGGCAAGGGAGGAGAAACAGUAUCAAAGAAUGUUAGAAAAGGCAAUUAAGGAAAGUAGAAGGACGUCUAAACAAGAGGAUUUCCCACUCACUGAGGACGCAGAAGCCGAUUCUCCUGAUACAUUGACAGACCCUGUGCACGAGUUACUUGAUUCUGAAAAACGUGAAGUUAACGAAAAUACCAACCACGAAGACAUGGAAGACAUUAACGAGGAGGAGGACGAAGUAGAAGAAGAUCAAGAUCAAAAAUCUUCCAUUAAUGAAACUUCAACCAACGCCUCUUCUGACAAUUUAGCCUCGGCAAAGAAACCUUCUCCUAAUGCUAAAAUUACUAAGCCGGCAAGAAGAUCGAACAGAUCGCACGCCGGCAUUUUAGAUAGUAGAGCAAGUAGUAGGAGCAGGAGGGGUACAAGGAAAAUGGACAAUAAAAAUAGUUCCAUUGCUGACAACGAAAUUGAUGUAAAUAAACCUGUUAAGCCAAGAAUUCCUUCUGAGAGGACAUCUAUAAAUGAAAUGAAGAGAAGAACAAAAGCCAUUUUGGAGUUCAUAUCUAGAACUCAGUUGGAAAUUAAUGACGAUAUUCAAAACAAAAAUAAACUGACUAAAUUUGUAGAAAAUGAUGAUUUUUUGAAGAAGCUCGAUGUCAUAUAUAUCAACUACAGCGAGCAUUUAGUACUAAUGGAUGAAAUCACACAAAAAUUAAUUAGUUGGGAAGACAAAUAUUCAAAUUUUAUAUGA